UCCAGAGGUUCCUCAAAUCGAUAUAUUGGGAUAUGGUACAAGCAAAUUCUUUCUCAUGUACAAACAGUUGUAUGGGUUGCAAACAGAGAUAAACCACUCACCAAUACAUCUUCAGUCGUUUUGAAGGUCACCAAGCCGGGAAUACUUGCUCUUCUUAACGACAAGAAUGAAACUAUAUGGUCCACUAACACGUCAAGAUCAGUCCAAAAUCCAGUUGCAGUGCUUUUAGAUUCUGGUAAUCUUGUUGUAAAAGAUGCAAAUGUUGACAAUCCAGAAGAUUUCCUCUGGGAGAGUUUCAAUUUUCCAACGGAUACGCACUUGCCUGGUAUGAAGCUAGGCAAGAAUUUUAGAACUGGACAUGAGGUUUACCUUUCAGCAUGGAAGGAAGAUAAUGAUCCAGCUCCAGGUGAAUUCACUCGUACCAUCAAUCCUACUGGAUAUCCACAGUUACUCACCAAACGUGGCCCAAGUGUAUCGGCUCGUAUAGGACCAUGGAAUGGUUUACGAUGGAGUGGGUCACCCAUACCUCUACUAGAAUGCUGCCAUUUCCAAUUUGGUUUCAAUGAGGAGGAGGUUUACUAUAGCUAUACACUCAUUAACAGUUCGACUAUAACAAGACUAGUCCUGACUAGCAGCGGUUAUAUACAACGUUUGACGUGGGUGGAUCGGACAAAGAGAUGGCAUAUUUACUACAAUUUACCAGCGGAUAAUUGUGAUACACAUAGCUUAUGUGGUGCCUAUGGGAGCUGUGACAUAGAUAAUACUCCGGUUUGUGGAUGUCUGGAAAAGUUUGUAGCUAAAUAUCCACAACAAUGGGAAAGGGGAGAUUGGUUAGAAGGGUGUGUACGGAAGACACCUCUAGACUGCAACAAGGAACAUGUGUUCAUAAAAUAUUCUGGAAUCAAGUUGCCGGAUACUAAGCACUCUCAUUACGAUAAAACAAUGACACUCGAAGACUGUAGGAAGGUAUGCUUCAGGAACUGCUCUUGCACAGCUUAUUCAAGUCUAGAUAUAAGUAACGGAGACAAAGGCUGCUUACUAUGGUUUGGGGAAUUGAUUGACAUCAGAAGGCUGUCUGAAAGAGGACAAGACAUUUACAUCAGGAUGGAUUCUUCAGAGCAAGAAUCUGAGGCAGGUUCAAAAAGAAAGAAGGCAAAGAUACUCACAUUGAGUUUCUCAUUGUUGAUGGCAAUGAUUCUGCUUAGCCUGAUUUUGUUGUUGUACAAACGGAAAAAGAAGAAGAAACUGCAACACAAAGAAGAUUUUGAGCUGCCACUGUUCCAAUUGUCAACCAUAACAAGAGCCACAGAUAACUUUUCACUCAACAACAAGAUUGGAGAGGGUGGAUUUGGACCUGUUUACAAGGGAGUGCUGGAAGAGGGACAAGAAAUUGCCGUGAAGAGACUGUCGAGGACUUCCAUGCAAGGAAUUGACGAAUACAAGAACGAAGUUAUCUAUAUUGCCAAGCUUCAGCAUAGAAAUCUUGUGAGACUUCUGGGUUGCUGCAUCCAAGGGGAAGAAAAGAUGUUGAUCUAUGAAUACAUGCCUAACAACAGCCUAGAUUCAUACAUAUUUGAUAAAACAAAGAGCAAAUUACUUGAUUGGCCAGAGCGUUUCAACAUCAUAAAUGGAAUUGCUCGCGGCUUAUUAUAUCUUCAUCAAGAUUCUCGACUGCGAAUUAUCCAUAGAGACCUUAAAGCAAGCAAUGUUUUGCUAGAUACAGAUAUGAAUCCUAAAAUAUCAGACUUUGGCAUGGCUAGAAGUGUUGCAGGAAAUGAGAUGGGAGCAAAAACACGCAAUGUGGUUGGGACACAUGGGUACAUGUCCCCAGAAUAUGCAGUAGAUGGGAUCUUCUCGGUAAAAUCAGAUGUUUUUAGUUUUGGUGUCUUGUUGUUAGAGAUUGUGAGUUGCAAGAGAAAUAGAGGAUUUGUCCAUCAAGAUCACAACCUUAACCUUCUCGGUCAUGCAUGGAAGCUUUACAAAGAAGAUAUGUCCUUGGAACUAAUUGAUGAGCAACUAAACAAUUCUUUCCAUAUAUCUCAAGUUUUGAGGUUAAUCCAUGUGGGUUUAUUAUGCGUGCAACAAAAUCCAGCUGAUAGACCAAACAUGUCUUCUGUGGUUCAUAUGUUGGCUAAUGAGAGUCUACUGCCAAAAGCAAAAGAACCGGGAUUUUUCACAGAACGAAACAUAUUUGAUAAAGAAAAAUCAGGAUCGCAGACAAGAAGUUCAAAAAAUGAAGUCACAAUCACAUUGUUAGAUCCUCGGUAGAGUGUAAACAAGAAAACUAUUUUGACUUGUGUGCACAUGAAUAGUAAUUUUAGAAAUAGCAUAGAAAUUUGAUUCUUGACUAAUAUAACAA